AGGGCGCUCUGGGCAGCGGGAGACGUGGCGCCCCCGCGGCUCGUGGACUCCGCGCGCUCCCAGCGCCGCGUCCCGCCCGGAUACCCUGCCGGCCUCGGAGUGGGGGCCCCACAUCCCCACGCUAGUCUCCCGACCCUGAAGGCCCUGCCUCGCGGCCCUCGGCCCGCAGUCGUCCCGCCGGACCCCUCGCAGGACCCCCACCGCCGCCGCCGGCCGCGCCCCCCGCGCUCCCGCCCGGAAGCGCGGACUUCCGCCGCACGGUCCCGCGGGUGUCCACGCCGCCAUGCCCUCUCUCGCGGACCUGCUGCGGGAAUGGGACCGGGGCGCGCAGGCCGUAGCGCGCGGGGACUGGGACUGUGCCCUGCGCCUCUUCUCGGGCUACCCGGAGCCGUCCGCCAGGAUGUGCUUCAACGUGGGCUGCGUGCACCUGUUGGCCGGGGACCCGGAGGCCGCGCUGCGGGCAUUUGACCAAGCAGUGACCAAGGACACUUGUAUGGCUGUGGGCUUCUUCCAGCGAGGAGUGGCCAGCUUCCAGCUGGAGAGGUUCCAGGAGGCCCUGUGUGACUUCCGUCUGGCCCUGGCACAGCUGAGGGAUAACACCGCCAUUGACUACACACAGCUGGGCCUACGGUUCAAGCUGCAUGCCUGGGAGGUGCUCUUCAACUUGGGGGCCGCACAGUGCCGCCUGGGUCUCUGGGCUGAGGCCACCCGCAGCCUAGAGGAAGCCCUCUCCAAGGGGUCAGAAGGGGCCCGAGACCACCUGUGCACUGCCCUGGACCAAGUGCAGAAACAGGUGCACCUGCAGCCUCGGCAGGGCCCCAGGGGUGAGGUCUUCCGGCCCCACAGGUGGCACCUGGAGCUCCUGGAACCAGUGGAUUUCCUGGGCAAGGCCAAGGUGGUAUCCUCUGCCUUCCCUGCCGACCGGCAGGAGGACAUCCAGCCUCAGCAGCCCCAGGUUCAGGGUGCAGGUGGCAGAGCCAGGCCUGGAGCCGCCCCACGGGCUGCAGUCACCGGGGCCUGGAAAACCCGCACCGCCUGGGGUCCCAGGAGGCCCCCCGAGACAGAGACACAGGUCGGCCCCGGGCAGGCGGGGCAGGCUGACCACCAUGCGCCCGUCCUCUCCGAUGAACAGGACUGUGGGGACCCGGUGCCUGCCCUGAACACACCCCAACACGGGUUGCAUUUCUGGCUUGCUGGUGGUCAGCUGGUUCUCAGGCCGUACGCCUCACCACUGGGCCUGCUGCCGCAAGCCAGGGCCCCCGCCCCACCCCCAGGGCCCCCAUCCCUGGCCCCUGCUCCAAGCCUGUGGCUUUCCCUGCAGAGGCCCAGUGUGGAACAAGUUGGCAAACAGGUUCCUCCAGGGCUGCGGGUGGCAGGGGAGCCAGACCCCGGCCCUUCUGAAGACCCCUCUCAUGCUGGGGGAGUGGCCGUGGGGGACCCUGAGUCCUUGGUGACCCUCAUAGUGCAGUGUGCCUUCACACUGGCCCUGAAGGUCCCAAGAGGAGCUGACCUGUCCAGCCUGCGGACCCUGCUGAGCCAGGCCCUCCCCCACCAGGCCCAGCACGGGCAGCUCAGUUACCAAGACCCCAGCAACGAGGGGCGCUGGGUCCCCCUUGCUAGGGAGGAGGUGCUACAGAGGGCCUGGCGGGACAAGGCGGCCAGCCCUGGGGUCCUGCGGCUCCAGUGCCGGGUGAGCCCCAGGAGAGCCCGGUGUGGGUCCCGGUGCGUGCGGGGCGGGGGAGGCCCUGGGGCCCUUCUGCAGCCGGCCCACCCUGGAGCCCUCCCCUGCCACAGGGAGCGGGCGGCCGGCCUGUCCUCUACCAGGUGGUGGCCCGGCACAGCUACUCUGCCCAGGGGCCUGAGGACCUGGACUUACAGCCGGGGGACAUCGUGGACGUCCUGUGUGAAGUGGACCCGGCCUGGUUGGAGGGCCACUGUGAUGGCCGCAUCGGCAUUUUCCCCAAGUGCUUCGUGGUCCCAGCUGGACAGUACAUGUGAGGAGCCCAGCACCCCCACCUGGAGCCCCACAUACCCCAAGCCCAGUGAGGAAAUCAGCCCUAGGAAGUCCCGUGGCAAGAACGGUUUUAAUAAAGCAGUCUUCCCCCCACUAAGGUGUGGUCUGUGUUCUUGGCUUGUCCACUGUGAGGGCCCGAUGGAGGCUUUGAGGAUGGGGGAUGGGGCUGCUCCCAGAGAAGCCUAGGAGCCUGGAUACCUCCCCUCAGGCUGAGUGAUACCCCCGUUCGGGCCGGGCCCCUCCGCCAACCUCCUGAAGCCCUGCCAGCCUCUCCCAGGGAGCCGACCCCUUCUUCAGCAGUCACUCCCACGUCC